AUGUGCAGCCAGGUCACUCGCACAGACGUUUGGCACGAUCCGAAGGAGCCUGCCAUCAUCUCCGUUGCCAAGUUCUCACCUGAGAAUUUUCGGCCCGUGGGCUUUGCAGAGAAUGCGCCUAUGCCCACCAGCACUGUCCCAGAGGGGACCUUGGACUUCCGAGCCAAUCGUCUCCCGAUCGGGCAUGCAGAUCGGCGACCCUUCAUAUAUUUCAUGACGGCGGGCGGUGCCGUGAUUGCCGCCUCCAUGAUCCGCGCCAUGGCUGGGAAGCUCAUCUUGACGCUCUGGCCUGCCAAGGACGUCUUCGCAGCUGGAAUCGUGGAGGUUGAUCUGCGGCCUAUCCGCGUUGGACAGAAUUUCACUGUCAAGUGGCGCGAGAAGCCGGUGUUCAUCCGCAAGCGCACUGACGAGCAGAUCUCGUCUGCCCGGAAGGACGACGUCGUUGCACCUUCAAUGCGCGAGCCAGCCACGGAUGCCGAGCGAUGCAAGAGGCCCGAGUGGCUGAUCUGCAUCGGUGUCUGCACUCACCUGGGCUGCAUCCCCCAGCCUGAUGCUGGCAACUACGGUGGCUACUUCUGCCCUUGCCACGGUUCUCAUUACGACUAUGCUGGCCGAAUUCGCCAGGGCCCCGCGCCGAAGAACCUGGAGGUUCCUCCGCAUUCCUUCCUGGACGAGAACACUGUCAAGUUGGGAUAG